AUGAUGAAAAUCUUCUUGUGUUUGAUAUCAUUUCUUCUAUAUUAUUAUAAGGGAGAAUCUGCACCACAGCCAUUUUUUCCACCACAGAUUGUCUUCUCUCCUAAUGAUGGUCGAACAAUAAUUGCCAUUGAUGAAGUCAAUCAACGAGCUUAUCAAUCACUUCAGUAUGGUGCUACAGGAGAAUCAACAUCAUACGUGAUGAAACAUUUUCCCAACGCGAUUCCUGAUUCACCCCAAUCAAAAUAUUAUGUUCAAUUGAUAAUAGAUUCCAUACCUUUUGGUUGUAUGUAUGGAACAUAUUGGAAAUAUGGUGGAAAUAUAAUUAAUUCAUUUCCUUCUCAUUGGUGGGUUAAUCAAACUUCAUUUAAAGUCGAUAAUUAUUUGAAAUUUAUAUAUGAAAUGAUACAUUCAAAUGAUUCUUCUGUCAAUGAAGAUUAUUGGUAUGCAAAUGUAACAUGUCAAGUUGAUAGUGGAAAAAAUUAUCCAUGUGAAGAAAUUUAUUUUGAAAAAAAUACACAAAUUCCUCUUAGAUCAACUCGAGUUGUUCGGCAAGGAUGGAAAGUUGUUCAACAAACCAUUAAUUAUAAGAUAAUAUCAAUGGGAAAACCAGAUAAGAAAUAUUUUGAUUCAAUUCCAAGCAAUUGGACUUCCAUCUGCCGAGAUGUUAUGCUUGGCCUUUUAUAUUAUCCUCAAACAACUAAAAUAGAUUUAAAUCAAAGUGCACAAGUUCAAGUGUGGCUAAUAACUCCUCCACAUCGAAUAAAUGGAAAUGAUACUGUUACUAUUCAAUGGAAACCAUCGGAAUGUGAUGAUUGUUUUACAUGGACACCAAAACAACUUUCUUUCAAUAUUGACAAUUUUCAAGAAAGACAAACAUUAACAAUAACUCGUGUUAAAAAUGGACCUAAAACAACUCUUAUUCCAAUAUUUAAUGGUGGUGGUUUUGAUCUUGUUGCACCGGUACUUUAUCCUAUUUAUAUUCAAUAA